ACUGCGGACGUGAUUCAAACCUCGGAUAACACGAACACUCUUGUUAUCUCGACGGGCCCGGGAGGUGAGACCACGACGGUGACAGCCCCGCAGUCACAGACCGGAGAAAACUUCGACCACGAGGACAACUUCCACUUCGACGUCCCGCAAGUUCUUAUCGAGACUCCCAACGGCCCGAUCACGAUCCUGUUCGACGGCCCGACGAUUGACAAGCAACAAUUGGUCACGAUCAUCAACGUGGACGACAGCUCCACGACGUUGACUCUGCCGGUCACGAUUAGCACUACCGACAAGCCCGCAGUCGAGGUCCCGAUCGGCCCCGGCGACGUGACCACAUUUGUCGAGGUGCCGGAGUGGCCCGGGGUCGACAGCUUGCCGAAGGUGCGUCGCAUCAAGCCCAAGCAGCAGCAGAUCGCUGUGGACACGCCCACCGGCCCGGUGACGGUGACGAUCGACGGCCCCGUCAUCAACGGCAAUCAGCAGGUCACAAUCUCGGACAACAAUGGCGACACGACCACCACGACGGUAAAGGUGACGGACACCACCGACGGCCAGAAAGACCUGGAGAUCCCCACGACCAACGGCCAGACCACGAUCGUGACGGUCCCGCAGACCGACAGCACUCAGGCCCCGACAAUCGACGUUAUCACGGCCGAUGGCCCGGUGGUUGUGACGUUUGAUGGCCCGAUCCACGACGGCAAGCAAGACGUGAUGAUCACGACCUCGGACGGCAGCAAGACCAAGGAGACGGUGGAUGUGACCAAGACUUCGACCGGCGACAACCAGUUGGAUAUCUCCACGGGCUCCGGCAGCCAGAAGACGACGGUGACGGUGCCGCAGAACAGCGUCCAGGACACGACUCCGCAGGGACCCACUGAGAAUGGAGGCGGCGACAGCCAGAAGACCAUUGCUAUCGACACUCCGAAUGGCCCCGCGGUUGUCACGUUCGACGGCCCCGUCAUUGACGGCAAGCAGCAAGUCACGAUCUCGGACAACCAGGGCAACUCGGACACGACGCUGAUCGAUGUCACGCAGACGUCCCAGGGCACAAAGGUGGACAUUCCUACUGGCCCGGGCGGUGACACCACGACGGUGACAACGUCGGACACCACGAGCACUCUGGUGAUCCCCACGGGACCCAACGGACAGUCCACGACGGUGACGGUGCCCACCGACACCCAGAACCAGCUAUCGGGCGACACGUCGGACAUCCUGAAGAAGCUGGGCGAGAACGACGUGGACAACGGCGACAAGGACUUCAUGAGCAAGGACGAGUUCCAGCUGCAGAUCGGCAGCCACUUCGCCGAGAAGAUCAUGGCGUUGAAGGAGCAGGCCCACGCCGAAGACACCGAGACGGACAAGAUCCUGCGCAAGCAGAAGAUGCUGGAGGACUGCAUCGUGGAGGCGUCGAACAAGUUCGGAUACUAUGGGGUGUACGAACAGGCCCCGCACUUCGAGAACGCCGUGCACUGGAUCGACAACGACUGCUUGAACCAGUUAAGUGGGUCCAACAUGAACGAGUGA